AUGGCCUCGGCCCAACAAAAUGGCGGCGGCGGCAGCGUCGCUUUGUUUCCGCGGCUCCUGCGGCGGUGGCAGCGGUGCCGGCCUCUGAGCUGUGGGGAGGAUCCAGCGCCAGAUCUAGUGACGACUAAGGGUCCAGUGCAUUCUACCCUAACUGCGCGCCGGGGAGGGCAGAGUCGCGCCCUACGGUCGCUGAAUCCUACAGGGCGUAGAAGCGAAAACAUGACCGCUGAGCCCAUGAGCGAAAGCAAGUUGAAUACAUUGGUGCAGAAGCUUCAUGACUUUCUGGCACACUCAUCAGAGGAAUCUGAAGAAACAAGUUCUCCUCCAAGACUUGUGAUGAACCAAAGCACAGAUAAAGUCAGUGGGUCUGGCAAUAACUCUGAUAUGAUGGAAAACAGCAGGGAAGAGGGAGCUAGCUCUGCAGAAAAGUCCAAAUCGUCAGGAUCCUCACGAUCAAAGAGGAAACCUUCAAUUGUAACAAAGUAUGUAGAAUCUGAUGAUGAAAAACCUUUGGAUGAAACUGUAAAUGAAGAUGCUUCUAAUGAAAAUUCAGAAAAUGAUAUUACUAUGCAAAGCUUGCCAAAAGGUACAGUGAUUGUACAACCAGAGCCAGUGCUGAAUGAAGACAAAGAUGAUUUUAAAGGGCCUGAAUUUAGAAGCAGAAGUAAAAUGAAAACUGAAAAUCUCAAAAAACGCGGAGAAGAUGGGCUUCAUGGGAUUGUGAGCUGUACAGCUUGUGGACAACAGGUCAAUCAUUUUCAAAAAGAUUCCAUUUAUAGACAUCCUUCACUGCAAGUACUUAUUUGUAAGAAUUGCUUUAAAUAUUACAUGAGUGAUGAUAUUAGCCGUGACUCAGAUGGAAUGGAUGAACAGUGUAGAUGGUGUGCAGAAGGUGGAAACUUAAUUUGUUGUGACUUUUGCCAUAAUGCCUUCUGUAAGAAGUGCAUUCUUCGCAACCUUGGUCGAAAGGAGCUGUCUACAAUAAUGGAUGAAAACAACCAAUGGUAUUGCUACAUUUGUCACCCAGAGCCUUUGUUGGACUUGGUCACGGCGUGUAACAGCGUAUUUGAAAACUUAGAACAGUUGUUGCAACAAAAUAAGAAGAAGAUAAAAGUUGACAAUGAAAAGACUAGUAAAGUAUAUGAGCAUGCACCCAGAUUUUCUCCAAAGAAAAACAGUUCAAAUUGUAAUGGAGAAGAAAAGAAGUUAGAUGAUUCAUAUUCUGGUUCUGUAACCUACUCUUAUUCAGCACUAAUUGUGCCCAAGGACAUGAUUAAGAAGGCAAAAAAACUGAUUGAGACUACUGCCAACAUGAAUUCCAGUUACAUUAAAUUUUUGAAGCAGGCAACAGAUAAUUCAGAAAUCAAUUCUGCUACAAAGUUACGUCAGCUUAAGGCUUUUAAGUCUGUGUUGGCUGAUAUCAAGGAAGCUCAUCUUGCAUUAGAAGAAGAUUUGAAUUCAGAGAUUCAAGCUUUGGAUGCUGUAAACAAAGAGAAAAAUACCAAAGAGCAUAAAGUCAUAGAUGCUAAGUCUGAAACAAAAGUAAGAAAAGGAGAAAAACCUUGUGUUUUGGAAAGGAAAGAUAUUUCAAAAUCAGAAGGUAAACUGUCAAGAAAGCAGGUAGAUAGUGAGCAUAUAGGUCAGAGUAUUGCAGUAGAGGAACAAAGAGCACAUAAAAAUGCCAGUACUGAACAUAAGAAAUCUGAUAAAAAAGAACCUCAGUAUGAACCUACUAACACUGCCGAAGACUUAGACAUGGAUAUUGUGUCUGUUCCUUCCUCAGUUCCAGAAGACAUUUUUGAAAAUCUUGAGACUGCUAUGGAAGUUCAGAGUUCAUCAGAGUAUCAGGGAGAUGGCAACAGUGGAACUGAACAAGAACUGGAGACUUCUAUAAAAUUAAAUAUUACUUCAAAAGACAACAGAGGAGGUGCUGAUUGUCAGGAAGUUCCACAAGAUAAAGAUAGCUAUAAAAGUUCUUGUCUGAACCCUAAGCCAGAGAACUGUGAACUUGGACAGGAAAAGAAUGAUAAUGAGCAUUUGGCUAAAAGUGAAGUUCCGUUACUUUCAGAAGAAUCUGAUCUUCGAAGAUCCCCGCGUGUAAAGACUACACCUUUGAGGCGACAGACAGAAACCAACCGUACAACAUCUAAUUCAGAUGAAGAAAAUAAUGAAACAGUUAAGGAGCAACAAAAACUUUCGGUUCCAAUGAGAAAAAAGGAUAAGCGGAAUUCUUCUGACAGUGCUAUAGAUAAUCCUAAACCUAAUAAAUUGCCUAAAUCUAAGCAGUCAGAGAUUGUGGAUCACAUUUCAGAUUCUGAUGAAAUGCUGGCAAUCCUCAAAGACGUGCCCAGUAUGAGUCACAGUUCUUCAGAUACUGAUAUUAAUGAACCUCAUACAAAUAACAAGAAGACUUUUUACUCAGAGAUUCAAAGAGGGAAAGAUGAUAAAAGAAAAAGGAAACGAAAAAGUUCUACUUCUGGCUCAGAUUUUGAUAUUAAGAAAGGUAAAUCAGUUAAAAAGUCUAUAAUUUCUAAAAAGAAACGGCAAAACCAGUCUGAAUCUUCUAAUUAUGACUCAGAAUUAGAAAAAGAGAUAAAGAGAAUGAGUAAAAUUGGGACUGCCAGAACAACCAAAAAAAGAGUUCCAAAUAAAGAAGAUUAUGAUUCUUCUGAAGAUGAAAAACACAGCAAACAAGGAAUGGAUAAUCAAGGUCAUAAAAGUUUGAGGACUGCACAGGAAGGAUCAUCUGAUGAUGCUGAAAGGAAACAAGAGAGAGAGAAUUUCUCUUCAGCAGAAGGCACAGUUGAUAAAGACAAGACCAUCAUGGAAUUGAGAGAUUGCCUCUCUAAGAAGCAGCAGCCUGAUGUUUCCUCAGAGAGUGCUGAUAAGCUUUGUUCUGGGAAAGAGGAGAGUUUUAAUUCUCCAGAAGAUAAAAAGUUUGCUGAAUCUAAAGGAAAGAGUAAGCACCAGCGAACCAGAAUGUGUAAGAAAAUACUGGGUGGCUUAUGUGAUGUUGCUGAGAAGUUCUCAGAGAAAGAACAGAGUGAUGAAUCCUCUGAAGAUGAUAACGAGCAGAGCAAAAAGGAAAUUGAAGAAAAAGAAAAGAAGACUGCAGACUUGAGUAAAAAAGUGAUGGAACAAGAGUAUGAAUCAUCAUCUGAUACUACUGAGAAAUUACCUGAGGGAGAAGAAAUUUGUCACUUUCCUAAAAGCAUAAAACAAAACAAGAACUCAGCUGAUGGGGAAAAGAAAUGCAAAAAAAUAAAAGAUAAAGCUUCUAAAAAGAAGGGUGAAUUAUCUGAUAAUUCUGAGAAGUUACCAGGGAAAAGAGAAAGUUGUGAUUCUUCAGAAGAUAAGAGGAGUAAGAAUGGAACAUCGAGUAGAGAGAAGAAAAGGUUCAACUUGCCUGAAAAGAGUUCGAGGAAGAGACAGGAUUGUUCAUCAUCUGAUACUGAAAAAUAUUCCAUGAAGGAAGAUGGCUGUGAUUUUUCUGAUAAGAGACCAAAAAGAAUAGAAUUAAGGGAAAAAAGGAAUUUAAAUUCAAAUAGAAAUAGCAAGGAAGUACAAAGUGGCUCAUCAUCUUCUGAUGUUGAGGAAAGUUCUGAAGAUAAUAAAAACCUGAAGAAACAAAGAACUUCAGCUAAAAAGAAGGCAGGCAGUAUGAAGGAGAAAAUGAGAAACUCCUUGAGAACAAGCACUAAAAGGAAGCAGGCUGACAUUACUUCCUCAUCUUCUUCUGAUAUAGGAGAUGAUGAUCAGAAAUCUGUAGGUGAGGGGAGCAGUGAUGAGCAGAAAAUUAAGCCUGUGACUGAAAAUUUAGUGCUGUCGUCACAUACUGGAUUUUGUCAAUCUUCAGGAGACGAAGCCUUAUCUAAAUCAGUGCCUGUCACAGUGGAUGAUGACGACGAUGACAAUGAUCCUGAAAAUAGAAUUGCCAAGAAGAUGCUUUUAGAAGAAAUUAAAGCCAAUCUUUCCUCCGAUGAGGAUGGAUCUUCAGAUGAGUCAGAAGAAGGGAAGAAAAGAACUGGAAAACACAAUGAAGAAAACCCUGGAGAUGAGGAAGUAAAAAAUCAAGCCAUUUCUGAAUCAGAUUCAGAUUCUGAAGAAUCUAAGAAGCCAAGAUACAGACAUAGGCUUUUGAGACACAAACUGAGUCUGAGUGAUGGAGAAUCUGGAGAAGAAAAAAAGAUGAAGCCUAAAGAGCACAAAGAAGCCAAAAGCAGAAAUAGAAGGAAGGUGAGUAGUGAAGAUUCUGAAGAUUCUGAUUUUCAGGAAUCUGGAGUUAGUGAAGAAGUUAGUGAAUCUGAAGAUGAACAACGGCCCAGAACAAGGUCUGCGAAGAAAGCAGAGUUGGAAGAAAAUCAGAGAAGUUACAAACAGAAGAAGAAAAGGCGACGCAUUAAGGUUCAAGAAGACUCAUCCAGUGAAAACAAGAGUAAUUCUGAAGAAGAUAAAGAAGAUGAUGAAGAAGAAGAUGAAGAAGAAGAUGAAAAUGAUGAUUCCAAGUCUCCUGGAAAAGGCAGAAAGAAAAUUCGGAAGAUUCUUAAAGAUGAUAAGCUAAGAACAGAAACACAAAAUGCUCUUAAGGAAGAAGAAGAGAGGCGAAAACGUAUUGCUGAGAGAGAGCGAGAGCGAGAGAAAUUGAGAGAGGUGAUAGAAAUUGAAGAUGCUUCACCGACUAAGUGUCCAAUAACAACGAAGUUGGUUUUAGAUGAAGAUGAAGAAACCAAAGAACCUUUAGUGCAGGUUCAUAGAAAUAUGGUUAUCAAAUUGAAACCACAUCAAGUAGAUGGUGUUCAAUUUAUGUGGGAUUGCUGCUGUGAGUCUGUUAAAAAAACAAAGAAAUCUCCAGGUUCAGGAUGCAUUCUUGCCCACUGCAUGGGCCUUGGUAAGACUUUACAGGUGGUAAGUUUUCUUCAUACAGUUCUUUUGUGUGACAAAUUGGAUUUCAGCACAGCUUUAGUGGUUUGUCCUCUUAAUACUGCUUUGAAUUGGAUGAAUGAAUUUGAGAAGUGGCAGGAGGGAUUAAAAGAUGAUGAGAAGCUUGAGGUCUCUGAAUUAGCAACUGUGAAACGUCCUCAAGAAAGAAGCUACAUGCUACAGAGGUGGCAAGAAGAUGGUGGUGUUAUGAUCAUAGGCUAUGAGAUGUACAGAAAUCUUGCUCAAGGAAGGAAUGUGAAGAGUAGGAAACUUAAAGAAAUAUUUAACAAAGCAUUGGUUGAUCCAGGACCUGACUUUGUUGUUUGUGAUGAAGGCCAUAUUCUAAAAAAUGAAGCAUCUGCUGUUUCAAAAGCUAUGAAUUCUAUACGAUCAAGGAGGAGAAUUAUUUUAACAGGAACACCACUUCAAAAUAACCUAAUUGAGUAUCAUUGCAUGGUUAACUUUAUCAAAGAAAAUUUGCUUGGAUCCAUUAAGGAAUUCAGGAAUCGGUUUAUAAAUCCAAUCCAAAAUGGUCAGUGUGCAGAUUCUACCAUGGUAGAUGUCAGAGUAAUGAAAAAACGAGCUCACAUUCUCUAUGAAAUGUUAGCUGGAUGUGUUCAGAGGAAAGAUUAUACAGCAUUAACAAAGUUUUUGCCUCCAAAGCAUGAGUAUGUUUUAGCUGUGAGAAUGACUCCUAUUCAGUGCAAACUCUAUCAAUACUACUUAGAUCACUUAACAGGUGUAGGUAAUAGCAGUGAAGGCGGAAGAGGAAAGGCCGGUGCAAAACUUUUCCAAGAUUUUCAAAUGUUAAGUAGAAUCUGGACUCACCCAUGGUGUUUGCAGCUGGACUACAUUAGUAAAGAAAAUAAGGGAUAUUUUGAUGAAGACAGUAUGGAUGAAUUUAUAGCUUCAGAUUCCGAUGAAACCUCCAUGAGUUUAAGCUCUGAUGAUUAUACAAAAAAGAAAAAAGCAAAGGGGAAAAAGGGAAAAAAAGAUAGUAGCUCAAGUGGAAGUGGCAGUGACAAUGAUGUUGAAGUGAUUAAAGUCUGGAAUUCAAGAUCUCGAGGAGGUGGUGAAGGAAAUGUGGAUGAAACAGGAAACAAUCCCUCAGUUUCUUUAAAACUGGAAGAAAGUAAAGCUACUUCCUCUUCUAAUCCAAGCAGCCCAGCUCCAGACUGGUACAAAGAUUUUGUUACAGAUGCUGAUGCUGAAGUUUUAGAGCAUUCUGGAAAAAUGGUACUUCUCUUUGAAAUUCUUCGAAUGGCAGAGGAAAUUGGGGAUAAAGUCCUUGUUUUCAGCCAAUCUCUCAUAUCUCUGGACUUGAUUGAAGAUUUUCUUGAAUUGGCUAGUAGAGAAAAGACAGAAGAUAAAGAUAAGCCUCUUAUUUAUAAAGGUGAAGGGAAGUGGCUCAGAAACAUUGAUUAUUACCGUUUAGAUGGCUCUACAACUGCUCAGUCAAGGAAAAAAUGGGCUGAAGAAUUUAAUGAUGAAACUAAUGUGAGGUAAGAAGCAUUUUCUGAAUGUAUAAUUUUUAUAAAAUCA